GUGGCGUUGUCUUAUCACCCGAUGUGUUGAACACGCUGGGACAGGCACCGCACACGCUCCCUCGCUCGCUCUUAUUUUCAGGACACAAUGGGUCCUGAAACCCCAAAACGCAUGACAGUGCUCCUGUUAGUGCUUUUCCUUACUUGUGGACUUCUGACGUGGCUUCUGAACCUCACAGCCUCUCGGUCGCCUUGGUUCUGUCCAGCAGACGGCCAAGAUCCGCCUGCAGCUGCGGAGGGCGACGUUGUGUCGGGGCGGACGGCUUCGUCGGAGAAGCCCAUCCUGCUGGUCUGGUGGUGGCCCAUGGGGAUUCGCUUCGACUCCGCUGACUGCCUGACCCACUUCGGCAUAGACGGCUGCGUCAUCACCGACGACCGCUCCCGGUUCGGCGCGGCCGAUGCAAUCCUGUUCUUCCACAAGAGCAUCGCACGGGACCUCAGCAAUCUCCCCACGGCGCUUCCGCGGCCGCCUUUCCAGAAGUGGAUCUGGUACAACGUGGAGUCCCCCACCAACACGGCCAAGAAGGCGGGGCUGGACAGCCUGUUCAACCUCACGCUGACGUACAGGCGAGAUUCGGACAUCACCUCCCGCUACGAGCUGAGCAUCGUGAGGGGUCAGUCGGAGCAGUUCACGCUACCCCGGAAGGACAAGUUGGUUUGCUGGAUCUUGAGCAACAGCAUGACUGGCACUGGUACCUCCACAAGACUGAAGUACUACCACGAACUCAGGAAACACAUCAGGGUGACCCUCUACGGAAAAGCCGCCGCUGGGGCAAUUCCUCUGAGGGAUGAAGACUACUACUCGACGAUAGGCAGUUGCAAGUUCUACCUGGCCUUCGAGAAAUCCAUUCACGAAGACUACAUCACCGAAAAGCUGAACGGACCAAUGGUCGCCGGAACUGUGCCGGUGGUCUUGGGCACCUCCCGAGAGAACUACGAGCAGUAUGUGCCCGCAGACUCCUUUAUCCACGUCAACGACUUCCCAGAUCCAAAGGCUCUGGCUGAGCACCUGCUGGAGUUGGACCGUAAUGAUGCCGAGUACAGGCGUUACUUUGCGUGGAGGCGACACUUCAAAGCGACACCUCACCUUCUGGUCAAGCGCCACAUGCAGCCAAUCUGCACAGCCUGUGACCACAUCGCCAAGGAUAACACCUUUAAUGUAGUCCAUGACCUCUCCUGGGGGUUCAAUGGUGAUGUCGAGGGGCAUCACACUGCAAAAAAUGAAUUCUAACCAAGUGUUAUUGAUCUUAUAUUAA